GGCAGCAACACGCAAAGAGGACACGCAAAGCCUUUUCAGCAAGGACAGAGAGAGGGCCAAGCUAGGGAAAGCGAUGGGGUUCCUCCGGCUGCUUCAGGCCGUCCUCCUGGCCGCCGCGGCGGCGGCGAGGGCUCCGGCGGCGCGGGCGUGGGGCGAGGAGGGCCACUACAUGACCUGCAAGAUCGCCGAGGGCUUCCUGACGGGCGAGGCGUCGGCGGCGGUGAAGGGGCUCCUGCCGGAGUGGGCCGACGGCGAGCUCGCGGCGGCGUGCUCGUGGCCGGACGCCGUGCGGCGCCAGAUGCCGUGGUCCGGCUCCCUGCACUUCGCCGACACCCCCGGCGACUGCAAGUUCAGCUACGCCAGGGACUGCCACGGGACGAAAGGGGAGAAGGACAUGUGCGUCGUCGGAGGCAUCAACAACUACACCGCCGCCCUCCAAGACUCCUCAAGCCCGUAUAACCGGACGGAGAGCCUGCUGUUCCUGUCGCACUUCCUGGGCGACAUCCACCAGCCCAUGCACUGCGGCCGCACCGCCGACCUCGGCGGCAACACCAUCGUCGUCACCUGGUACAACACAACCAAGACCAACCUCCACAAGGUGUGGGACGUGAACGUCAUCGAAACGGCCAUGAACAGGUUCUACAAGGACGACAUGAGAACCAUGAUCAACGCCAUCAAGCAUAACCUUACCAACGAGUGGUGUCGAGAAGAGAACCAAUGGGCAGCGUGUUAUACUCCAACGACGACUUGUGCUGACAAGUAUGCGGAGGAGAGCGCGGAGCUGUCGUGCCCCGCGUACGUGGGCGCUGACCAUGGCUCCAACUUAGAAGAUGAGUACUUCUUCAAAGCGCUGCCGGUCGUUCAGAAGAGGAUCGCUCAGGGUGGCGUCAGGCUGGCGGCGAUCCUCAACCGGAUCUUCAGUGGGAAGAACGAUGACAGGAUCCAGAGCAGCUAAGGUCCAUUAGACGAAGCUAACGAAGGACAUUGUGCAAGGGGUUAGCUCGCGUUAUGAACAAUAAUAAGAUUAGAGAGAUUAUCACGUUCGUCUGACCAUGUUGACUUCAUAGUACUAUACUAUGUAUGCGAGUUGGUCAGUGUGUACUUUUGUGAUCAAAUCUAGCACUUCCUGAAUGAGAUGAAGUAAAUUAAUCA